AUGUAUGAGCCGCGGCACUAUGACAGCCCACCCAUCUAUAGCCCUCCCUACACUGCUACCUCCAAUGGAUUCUACACCCACAGAAGUGUGCACUCCCCAAGGAGCAACUUUGACCCCUACCCUCCUCCCCCUGACUCAUUCUAUAUGGAAGAUAGGCCUCAGCACUUCUACAAAUGGUUCUCUGCUCCUGGGCUUGUCAAAACCAUGGAGGGAGCCACAGUCAUCUUGUGUUUCCUCAUUUUUGCCUGUGUUGCCUCCACGUUGGUCUGGGAUAUGCACGGAGCAGGAAUAGGAAUGAGGGGCUAUGGAACUGGGUCAAUGGGGAUUGGCAGUGGCUACUAUGGAGGCAGCUACGGCUAUUCCAGCUCCUACAUGACCCCCUAUUCGGCCAAGUCGGCCAUGAUAUCCAUGGCAGCCAUUAACUUCCUGGUUUCUCUGGGCUUCCUUGUGGGGAGUUUUUCUCGGUCGCCUGCCAUGCGUGGUCGGAGGUUUUACCUGACAGUGCUAGUCUGUGACGUGGUCCUGGCAGUGCUGCAGGGCAUCAUUGACAUUGUGUUUGUGAUCGGUGUCAACCCCAUGUCACAGAGCUCUCAGAGCAUGCUCUAUAACCCCAUGCUGAUGAUGUGCCAGAACAUGCAGGGAAGCCCCAGUCUGAGUGGGAGUGUGGGAGCGGGGUUCCCUGGGGGUUUCCCUAUGUACAACCAGUAUCUCCAACACUACUGCUACAUGGACCCUGAGGAGGUGGGUCAAAGCUUUACUUCAAUGCCCUCCGUAAUUAUUGGAACAGUGAAGCCUUUUAUGCUUCUUUUGGUUAUUUUCAAACAUAUUGGGUGAACUUACAGCACUUUUUGCACAUAGUCAACCCCUUUUUAGGGCACCAAAAGUAUUGGGACAAAUUCAGUUAUAUGUGUAUUACAUUUGCUGUUGGUUUUGAUUGUGUUUGAGAUUAAUUUCUAUUGGGCACAAAAUAAUGGUAAAUAAUGUGUAAUUUUGAAGUCAUUUUUUGGGGGGGUAUGAUAUUUUUCCGUCUGUAACUUUCAUUCAGGAUCAUCUGUAAUCAUGGUAGCAUCCACAUUAAUGUAGAAGUGUUUAGAAACAUUUUCUAUUCUUAUUUACAAUAAAAGUGACUCCAAAAUGACACAAUACAUUAUUACCAUUAUUUUCUAUUGGGCACAAAAUAAUCUGAAACACAACCAAAGCAAACAGCAAAUGCAUCCAACAUGUUUGUAGAGUGCCAAGCUUGAUGUAGUCAUUGCGUGCUAUGAAUUUGGAACCAAAUACUUAACUUUUUAAUAAUUUUAUACACAAGUGAAUUUGUCCCAAUACUUUUGGUGCCCUAAAAUGGGGGGGAAUAUGUACAAAAAGUGUUGUAAACGGUUCACCCGAUAUGGAUGAAAAUACCCUCAAAUUAGAGCAGACAGUCUGCACUUUAACCUCAUUGUCAUUUUUUAAAAUAUCAAAUUCAAACUUUGAGAAUGGAGCCAAAAUAAUAAAAAAUGCUUCACUGUCCCAAUAAUUUCGGAAGGCACUGUACAUCUUUACUUUAUAAACCUUAAUAGUUUACUACUACAUGCUAUGAAAUACUGUUGACCCCUUUUUGUUUUCUCAGUUGGAUAGAUGUUCUAAUAAAUGACAAUCACGCUAGCUAAUCAUAUUACAUUUAAUUAUAGAUACUCUUUCAUCACCUAAAGAAAUGAGUCAUAUGUAGUGAUAAGGACCCAUCUAAUUUAUCCUAUGUUUCAGGCUGUGGCGUUGGUGCUUGGGUUCUUAGUAGUGGUGGUGCUGUUUGUAGCUGCAUACUACGCCUACAAAACCCGCAGUAAGAUCUGGCGCCAUGGCAAACCCAACAUGAUCUGGGACCGACCUCUGCUCAGACCACCUGAACGAAAUGAUGUACAGGACUGG